AUGCCUGUCGACAGCCUGCUUGACAUGGCUCGCCGGGCCUGUGUCCGCAAUGUGCACCGGAUAACAGACAUUGGCGAUAUCGACUAUGACCUGAUUAGACCCAUACUGCUCAAGAUUGAGAGCCCUGAGAAACUGCACCAACUCGAGCUCUCGUCUCCGCAAAUCAUCGGUCACGACGCCGAGAUCUGGCUCAACUUCAUCAAGCGAGACAUUCCCGACUGGGAUCUGAAGCGCCAUGAACCGUCCAACCCGAAGAACUGGUACAAAGUGUACAAGAAGCUGAAGGCAGAGGCAACUAAGGAUUCCUCGAACGACGAAGCUAUGUUGAAAGCCGCGUUGGCGGAUAUUCAAAAGGGCAAAGAGCAGAACACAGCGGUGAUUGCAAGCACUGCCCUCAGUGCGGGCCUACUUUCGAGCAGCAAUGCUCCUGGGCCUUCGCGAAGAGCCAGGAUUCAGUGGAACUAUAUAUCGGGUAAGACGGGCGCGAAGGGCUCCAGUAAAAUGACCUUGAUGGAGAAGAUUCGCAAGGAAGCCAGGGAUGCAAAAGCUGGCAAAAUGAACCGACCGAUGCACGAGCUACAGAAGAAGCAGACGGGGGUGGUUAAAGCGCCGGCGCAAUUCGUUGAGGAGGUGAAGAAGAUGAAGAUCGUGCAGGCGACCGAGGCCAAGAAGGCUCUGAGUCCGCCGCUCAAAAGACCCGUGUCGGGGAUUGGCGCAUCUGGUAAUGCGGGAUCAUCGAGGCCGCCGAUGUUUGCUCCCUCCACGCAAAUACCGAAACCGAGACCUCAGCCUGCCGUUGCCGGUGGUGGAAAGCCAUAUGAUCUGACGAGCGACAGAGAGUCAAGAUUACGGGCUUUGAAGUCGGGAAGACCAAUCAGCAGGGUCGAUCCGGAACCGUACGAGACUUCUCAAGCCCAAGCCUCGACCUCGAAUUCAGCGAGGGACUUACAGUCUCCGCCCAAUGGUGUACAGCGGAAUUCUCAAAAGCGGAAGAACGGGACAGUCCCUGGAAAUUCGCGAGGAGUUGAGGAUACAAAUGGCAGCUUGACCCUCGAUUUCCUCGAAGACUCGGAUGGUGAUGACAUCCAGGACCAGCCACGAAGAAGACGAGAGUCGGUAGAGAACAAAGUGGAAACGCCGCGGAAGCUACUGAACCCGAACAAUGCCCUUGCCAGCGAACUCCCGCCCCGUUCGCGGAGCCCGCUGAAGCUCUCCCCGGCACCGGGAUCUCGGGCACUGGGUUCGCAAUCGGUGAAAAGAAAAUAUGAAGCACCAAACCUCUUUUACACAGCCCCCAAUAAACGACCCAAACCAGUAUGA